AAAAUAAUUAAAGACACUGUUAAAGUCAGACUCACACCACAGUAACAACAAAAUGCACAGAUUCUUUGCCGUCCUUGCCAUUGUGGCUACAGCCAACGCCGGCCUCAGCCAAUACCAAACAUCUUACAGCUACAGUUCAGCACCAGUUUAUCCAGCACCUGCAGCCUACCCAGCACCAGCAGCUUACUCAGCACCAGCAGCUUACCCAGCUCCUGCCAAAUACGCUCCAGCCCUAACCAAAGUAGCUCUCCCUGCCAUCACAAAAUACGCUGCCCCAGCUUACUCCAGCCCAGCUUAUGACGCAGCUCCCGCAGCUAAAGUAGCUGUUCCCGUGGUAGCUAAGUACGCCGCUGCUCCAGCUUACAAAGAAGAAGAGUACGGUCCAGCUCAGUACCAAUUCGCCUAUGCUAUCCAGGACCCUCACACCGGUGAUUACCACUCACAGGAAGAACACCGUGAUGGAGACCACGUUACUGGACAGUACUCUCUCCACGAAGCUGACGGUACCAUCAGAAUUGUCAAAUAUUCUGAUGAUGGACAUGGUUUCAACGCUGUAGUAGAGAAACAGGGAGAACCCACUCCUGCUCCAGCUGUAUACAAAAAAGUUGUAGCCGCUCCACAAUACCACUAGAUUUUGAAUUUGAUGUCUGUUGCACUGUAAAUAAUG